UAAAACCGAUAGCGGUAAUUCGUUUGGUGGCGCUACUCCCGCAUUUAGCGUAUAUGAAAUGCAGACCUCCUUUUGUUUAUUUUGUGCGUUGUUUUUCAUAUUUGGCGACAUUCAUGGGGACGAAUUACCUAAAGGAGUUCCGCUAUCGAGAUCUUCGUUUUAUAAAGUUGGGCAGUCGUUUACUUGCCUAGAUGGCUCUUCAGCUAUACCAUGGUGGCAAGUGAAUGACGAUUACUGUGAUUGCCGCGAUGGAUCAGAUGAACCCGGCACAUCUGCUUGUCUUAAUGGUCGUUUUUUCUGUCGCGAUAUGCAGUACAGACCUGUCUACCUUCCUUCUGCUUACGUCAACGACUCUAUUUGUGGUGGUACAUCUACAGUGUCUAAUAUCAACGAGCAUAAUCGGUUCAGUGAAUUAUUUCCGGCAAUCGCACAUUACGUAAACUAGAAUUCAGUUUUGUGUAAUUUAUUUAACGAGAUAGCGUUUACUCAAUUUAUAGAUAAAGCACUUCUAAUUUUUAGAUUGUUGCGAUGGUGGUGAUGAAUACGGAAGUUCUACCAAUUGUCCGUCAACUUGUGGCUCUUUGGCUGCAUCUUUGCGUGAAGCACAAUCCAUUAAACGAAAUCAAAUUGAACAGGGACAUAAAAUUUUUCAAGAAUACGUCACAAACUUAAAAGAACGUAAAGCGAAAGGACUUUUUAAUGAAGAUAAACAGUAUGAUGAAACACAGAAACUUGCGGAAUAUGAUGUCAAUAGUGAUAGUAGUAGUAGUAGUAAUGAUGAUAAUGAUAAUGACAAUGAAGGAAGUAUUCAAACAAAUGAAGAAAAUGUUGAUUCUCAUUUAUCGGUUGGUGAAGAGAAACAAGCACUGAAUGAACCGUCAUCAUCGUCAAUUGAUUCGAAUCAACAGUCGUUUACACAUGAUAAUGACAAUACACUUAUCGAACAUGAAGCAUCUUCAUUAAGUGAUACGGAGUCUCAUGAGAAAAAAGCAAGUGAAUACGAUGGGCAUCAUGUUGGUGGUGGAGACAGUCAUAUGGAUUAUGACGAAUCAAAUGUUGCUGUGACUGAUAAACAACUCGACGACGAAUCACAUCAUGAAAUCCCAGAAACCCCAUCACCUGAUGAAAAACCUGUUAUUAAAGAUAUACCAACGCCUAUUCCUAUUGAUUAUGGACCAGAAGAAGGUUUUCGUAUGCUUACUGAAUUACCAAAUGGUUGUUUAGAGUUGAACGAUCGAGAAUACACAUACAGCCUUUGUCCUUUUAAAUCAGUUCAUCAAAAAUCAAUUGGUUCGUCGAAUUCUGAUCCAGGAACAUGUAUAGGUCGAUGGGGUCGUUGGUUAGAAUCUGAUGAGUAUGAAAAGUCUUAUAAAGUUAUGUAUUACGAAAAUGGUCAACAGUGUUGGAAUGGACCAACAAGAACUACCAAGGUAUGCUUUCGAAAUGUUUCAAUUUCUAAUUUACUUUUGUUUUGGUUGCUUAAAUCUUCCUGUUGAUGUUUAUGACUGUAAUUAAUCAGUAUUUAGCUGAACUCAGUAGCUAAAUGCAUAACGUGAUGGCGUUUGGUGCGAACGGUACUGGGUUCGAGUCCAAUGGUGAACAUCAACUCACUCCAGGUCCAUACAGUUGGAGAGUCUCAAGUAGGACAGGACGCGUGUCCUAGAUUCCAAUGCUAAUCACUAUUCAUCUCUGCUUACGAUAUUUUAAUUUCUGUUUGUGAAUGAAAUUGUUUUGUAUUCGCAGUCCUUAUUCAUGGAGUUAUUUUGAUGAUGCAGUCAUCUUACUCUAUAUGCCAAAUUAUUUCUGUAUAAUUUGUGUAGCUCUAUAACUGUGGGGACAAUUAUUAAGCUGCUUGUUCGAUUCCCUCUUCACCUUCUUCGGUUUGGGCAAGUUCAUUCAUACCACUAACCUUUACAUCUGAAAUAUAGCUUAAAUCUGUUUUCAAUUUUCUAAAUAAGAACAUAUCUUUAAAUUGUAUGAGCCCAGUACCAGCUUACGAUAAACAGACAACGGCACCUUAUGGGCUUCUAAUAUAUACGGUAAUCGGAAAAUUGCUUUCUUCACUUCAACAAAAAGAAAUAAACUCACCUGAAUGUGUAGUCUGUAGAUUAACCAUUUGAAAGCUUGGAGACGUGAUGUACUAAAGGAUCCAUUGAAAGAAGAAAGAUAGGGUAAUGUUCGUUUCGCAAAUGCCAAUUAUAUACUGGCAGAACAUGAUAUUUCAAAUACUAGUAUUUUAUGUUAAUCAGGGAAGGAUUUUCUUCGAGUAAUUAAUUCAUUAUUUCUGUAUUUGACCUUUAAAUCGGUAAUACAUUUGUUAAAAUUGAGGUGGUUAGAACAUGGAUUACUCAUGCCCAAACACCACCGACUUCGAUGAGAGCUGAUAGCUAGUAUAGGAGUAGGUUGGACAAAAAAUAGUGGUGAACAGAUCAAACUUUAUAUCAGUCAAUCAAGUCAUUGAUAGCUUGACUGAACUAUGUUGGUGAGUCCAAAGUACAUGGUUGAAGUUCGCACGAUUAUCUUAUCCAGUAGUUAGAGACUGGUUAACAUAGUUCAAAAUCGUUUCAGUAGCCCAGAUACAUCAACACUUUGUUUUCCCGUACAUCUAGAGUUUUAAAGUUAUCUUGUACUUUUUAUUUCACGAAUUUGUUCUUUCUUGCGUGACUUGGGUAUCAUCGCACAGUAAGACAAUAUCAUCCGUAAACUCAAGGUCGACAAGUCUUUCGCCAGACAACAGAUCCACACCACCAUUACCUACAGCACGUAAAUGACUGUUGAUGGGGAUCCGGUCGAUUUGUGUUGUUUCAUCUCUGGUGCUCAGUGUGGUAUGAACGCCAACAAAACCAGACGAAGAUAUCACAGGGUCCUGGAAUAAAUGCAUACGAAAUUAAUUUUUCGAAUCGACAGAUGAGAAGCGAAUGUGUAGUAGUUCACUAGACUUUUGAACACACGUUUCGAACAUAUAACAGACAUCGAUGUUGAGACUUUCUAAAGGCAUAUCCGAAUCUAUCUGUUGUCCGAUCUGCAUUAGCAAAGGAACGUUGAAGGAGGACAGUUUGUAUGGUGUAUGUGGUUUUUGAAAGACUGGUUCAGUAUUAGUAUUUGGUGGCGUGAGAAGGCAGCAAGACACCGAAAUAAAAUUAUAAAAACGAAUCCCAUUGUAAUAAAAACAGUUUUAGUAUUAGUAAUGGUAGUAGAAUAUCGUUAGUAUAAAGGAAGUAAUAAACGGUAUAAGGAGAUUUUGGGAUUCAAGAACCAAGGAAGGAUAAGUAGAAAAUGCGUUUGUGCCAUUGCGAACGAUUCACAGUCACGUCACUCCAUUCAUUUGCUACAAUUAUCGCACAGACCCCAACCUGAUAUUUCUUACCUAUUUACAUAGGUCAGUUUAGCUGUCAAUGUCUAAUGCUACUUUUUGGUUUGACCACCCUUAGCUUUCUACCAACCUACUUCCUACACCAAACGAUAUAACUUGUCUUAGCAGCUGGUGAUUGAGCAUACUUAGCACAUGUCUCAACAACCUCAGUUAAUGAAGAUUCACUGCCUUAUUAACUAAUUUUCCAUCUCUGUCUCGAUGCAUAACCUCAGGAUUGUUAACUGAAAGGCGGACGUGAUGCAAGUUGUAAAAGGUCAGCUGAGCCAUGCUGAUAUUGUAUGCUACCUUAGACUACCUUAGACAUAUAUAUCCAAGUUCUAUAUUGCUUAUGGCUGAUCGACUGACUUGUUCACAUUCCUAGUGAAAUGAAAUGAAAAUCAAUGACUAGUUUUGUGGUUACAUAAUACUCAUAACACAAAUUUUACUAACUUAAUACAGUUAAGAACGUAAAUAUAUAUUUCCACACCAAAAACCCGACACAAUCCAACAACAAUAAACAAUCAGUAAUAAGAAUAGAAGAAUAUAUAACUCAUUUAACACCUAUCAGAUUAUCAGAAUGGGUUUUGUGGAGAGUUUUAGAAAUUUCACAGGUUGAAAUCAUGAGUCAGCUGAAGCUAGACAACCAUUAAAAACCUGGAAGCACUGGACGGCCGUUUCGUCCUGGUAUG